GCCAAAACUCUUCGAUAUAUUCUGAGAGGCGAAUCCACCAAAACCCUCUCCUCGCCGAUUACCGCCGGCGGGUUUAGCAGCGCCUCUCGAACUUUUCAGGAAAAUGGAUAUGGGUGGUAAUUCUUUGCCAUCUGGAGCUGAUGGAGUGAAAAGAAAAGUUUGCUACUUCUAUGAUGCAGAGGUGGGAAAUUACUAUUAUGGCCAAGGUCAUCCAAUGAAGCCGCAUAGAAUGCGGAUGACUCAUGCUCUCCUCUUGCGUUACGGAUUGCUGCAGCAAAUGAAUGUUUUAAAGCCAAAUCCUGCCCGAGAGAAAGAUCUUUGCAGGUUUCAUGCUGAUGAGUACAUCUCUUUCUUGAGAAGAAUCACUCCAGAGACUCAACAUGAACAGUUCAAGCACCUGAAGAAAUUCAAUGUUGGGGAAGAUUGCCCUGUAUUUGACGGUCUUUAUUCCUUCUGUCAAACAUAUGCUGGUGGGUCUAUUGGUGGGGCAGUGAAGUUAAAUCAUGGACACUGUGACAUUGCUGUAAAUUGGUCUGGUGGUUUGCACCAUGCAAAGAAAUGUGAGGCUUCUGGUUUCUGCUACGUCAAUGACAUAGUGCUGGCCAUUUUGGAACUCCUCAAAAAUCACCAGCGUGUUUUAUAUGUGGACAUUGAUAUUCAUCAUGGCGAUGGCGUUGAAGAGGCCUUUUAUACCACUGACAGAGUCAUGACAGUUUCCUUUCAUAAAUUUGGAGAAUAUUUCCCUGGUACUGGGCACAUACAUGACAUUGGAUAUGGAACAGGGAAAUAUUAUGCACUCAAUGUUCCAUUAGAUGAUGGAAUCGAUGAUGAAAGUUAUCAUGCAUUAUUUAAGCCAAUAAUGAGGAAGGUGAUGGAAGUAUAUAGACCCGGAGCAGUGGUCCUGCAAUGUGGAGCAGACUCAUUAUCUGGGGACAGAUUAGGCUGCUUCAAUCUCUCUGUUAAAGGUCAUGGUGAGUGUGUCAGGUUUAUGAGAUCUUUCAACGUGCCGCUUCUUUUACUGGGUGGAGGUGGCUACACAAUACGCAAUGUCGCUCGUUGCUGGUGUUAUGAGACAGGGGUGGCCCUGGGAGUCGAACUUGAUGAUAAAAUGCCAUUCAAUGAAUAUAUGGAGUAUUUUGGUCCAGAUUACAGUCUUCAUGUUCCUCCAAGUAACAUGGAGAACAAAAACACCCGGGAAAUGUUGCAGAAAAUAAGAGCAAAGCUCCUUGAUAAUCUCUCCAAGCUACAGCAUGCUCCAAGUGUUGAAUUCCAUGAGCGGCCACCAGAUACUGAAAUGCCAGAGCCAGAAGAAGAAGAUGAUGAUAAAAGACAACCAGAUCAUUAUGCUUAUGCUGAUAUUGACCGGCCUAUGCCUAGAGGGGUGGUGAGGAUGGACUUUGUUGAAUCUGAAGCAACUAAUAAGACCAACAAUGCUGUAGAUCCUCAUGCCAUGGACGUUGAUUCGACAGUAAUCAGUCCAGCCAACCUAAAGGGUUCUUUGCUAACAGCUGAAGCAGGAGAACAAAGCUCGCAGAGCACAGAUGGCGACGAGGAGGAAGAGGAUGACGAAGACGAAGCCAUUGACGGGAUGGACUGAUAAUCAGUAUUGGUCCACCCAAUUCAAGAAUGGCA